AUGGAUUAUUCAAUCCUGGAGGUUUUCACCGCCGAAGUUAUUUAUCCCCCGGCCAGCAACAAUCAACCUGCAACCAACGACACCUCUGAAUCGGGAGAAGGAGACCAUACAUUUGGAAUGAACGACGGCCUGUUAGACAUUAUACGAAGAACAUAUUCUCUUCACUAUCGAUCGCGGACCGGCGGAGUGAACAAUUCGACCACAAUUACGGAAGCCGUGGCAAUAUGGCAAGACCUAGAUAACUGGCAACCACCGAAAACCCUCCCUGAAGAGCAAUAUCAAGACCUAUACGAUUCCUACACAUCGGCACUCUUUACCUGGCUCUAUCUCAUUCUCCAUCCCGACAGUAUGCGCGAUGACAAGGUCCAGGCCAUGGUGGAACGAGGAGUGGCAUCGAUGGCGGGGAUUACUAUCCUGGAGCUUUCACCUUUUCUUCUGGUCCCUCUAUUUAUUCACGGGCUUGCCAGUGUUCAAGAGAAACAUCGGGACUUUAUCAGUAAUUUGUUCGACCAGAUUGAGGACACCAUCUGCGAAGAUGCCGAGGUCUAUCGCACGAUUGUUGAACGCAGUUGGGAUAACCAGGACCGGGGAAUGUGCAGAAGCUGGGAGUGGAUUCAAUGUGGGGACAAAGGCGCCGUGGGGUGA